CCCCCCAAUCUUAGGUCCUUCGUUCGGCCCCUGGGUGCAGUAACAAAUGUUCCGUGGGUGAAAGCUACAUAGGUAAAGUUCGUGUCAUUCAAAAUAUGACUUCCGCUCUACAAAAUAGUAUCAGAAAAUACAUUCUUUUUCUGAAUGUCCACAAUCUGCUAAAUAUAGUUUCUUAUUGUAAUUUCAUAAACUCCUGUAGAUGACGCUAAUAUGUGGAUUUUUAUCAGGUAAUCGGAUUCAAUUAAAAACAACUUAUUCAGAUCGAUUCUUCAUAGCUAUAUUGAUUACUAGUAUAAAUAAGUUUAGUGACAUAAUUACUAAAAAUGUAUUGGAUAUAAAAUAUCUUCAAAUGAUUAUCAUUUGCUGAUGUUUUGUUUUUGACCUGUCCAAUCCAAUAUAAUUUAGGUCGUAUUAUUCUAUCACCAUCGUCCCUAUGCAAAAAAGAAAUUCAAUGAUCAACAUGUAAAAGAUAUUCUUAUUAUGGCUUCAUCUCCGGGUUUAAAUUUUCUUAUUGCUAAAUAUCUCCGUGGAUUACCAAAUUCAAAUCUUGCUAAUGAAUUCGUACAAUCCCUCGAACAAAAUAAUUUAUUGCCGUCUACACACAACUGGAAUGGUGUCGAACGCCAAAUAUCCUUUUCUGAAUUGGAACAACAAUAUGCUCAUGUUCCUGAUAAUCAUCUAUUUCAUUUAUUAGAAAAUGUCAUGUCUUAUGUGGAACAAGGUAUUGGUAAACGGUUUGGUUCAUUAUCAACAUUUCUUCUUCAAUUGGAUCCAACUUGUUUUCUUGAAAAUAAACAAAAGAAAUCAUCUACUCGUAAAUAUAAUAUGUUUACAACAGCAUAUCAUCCAUGUAAAUAUUUAUCAAAUCCAACAAAUCGUAAUAUGCAAAUAAUUCUACGUGAACGAGAGUAUUUUGGUCGAACAUUAUCUGUUAAACAAUUACCAGCGAGUGAUUUAUAUCAACGAAUGAAUAUGAGAUUGAAAGUGAUUGCACAUAAAGCAUCAAUCUACUGUAUUGCUUUUGAUCGUACAGGAACUUAUGCAUUAUCGGGUGCUGAUGAUUUUCUUCUUAAAAUGUGGCAUGUACAUACAGGUCGUUUAUUAGCAACGUUUCGUGGCCAUUCAAAAGAAAUUUGUGAUAUUGAUGUUAAUUUUGAAAAUACACUUGUUGCUAGUGCAAGUCUUGAUAAAAAAGUACGAGUUUGGAAUUUAAAAACUACUAAAAUGGAAUGUGUCUUACAUGGCCACCAAAGUGGAAUCAAUGCAACUAAAUUUUCACCAUUUUGUAAAACAGAUGAUCGAUGGUUAGCAUCGGUUGGACAUGAUGGUAGUAUUUGCUUUUGGAAAUAUCCUAUUGGGACAACAGAUUUCGAACCUCGCCCAAUCAAAUUUGUUGAAAAAAGUCGUGCUGGCGCGCAAAUGCUUUGUUUAUCAUUUAGUCCAGGUGGUUACUUUGUUGCUGCUGGUAGUAGUGACUCUGUUAUUCGAGUUUAUUCAUUUCAUACAUAUUCACCAUUAAAAAUUUGUGAACUUGAUCGACAUACAAGCGUUGUUGAAACACUAUGUUAUUCACAUUUAACUAAUUCGUUUAUUUCCGGUAGUAAAGAUGGUACAGCUCGUAUUUGGCGUUAUGAACAACAAACAUGGAGAGCCAUUGUUCUUAAUUAUAAUGAUGAUUCAGAUAAAAAUAAUAACGAUUCGAAUAAUCAUUUAACAGCCGUCAGCAAUAAAGUAAUUCCUGUUACCAUUGUUUCAUGGUCAUGUACUGACCGACAUGUUGCAACUGCAUAUGAAAAUGGUCUUAUUAAAGUUUGGGAACCUAACCAAGGAACACUAGUCAAUGAACUCAAAAAACAUGAAAAAACUGUUUUUGUACUCGAAUGUCAUCCAACAAACGAACGUUUAUUAUGUUCUGCAGGACACGAUGGUCUAUUAGUUAUUUGGGAUAUGGUCGAUGGUCGUGUGAUCAAAUCUUUUCUUAAUGAUCAAUACAUUGAUAUUCCAUGUUCAAUACCAUAUUCCGAAGCGAAAUGGUCUCCUCAUUGCGAUGUUAUAUGUACGACAGAUCUGUGCGGUCAAAUAUGCUUUUUUGGUCUCGGCACGGAUACAAGAUAUAAUAAAACUCAAAUUGAACAGUUUUUUCAUAAUGACUUACGUCCGGUAAUACGUGAUAGUAAUGAUGAUGUACUUGAUGAACAACAACAACUUCCACCUCAUUUAUUACCACCACCAUAUCUUAUUGAUGAUCAUGGUCAUGCCUAUUCAUAUGAUAUACAAAGAUGCGUACCAGGACGAGAAAAUUAUUCACAAAAUGAUAAUACAGCUACCGUUGUUAAUCAUGAAUAUCUUGAAGAUCUAAUUAUUGCUGAACCAAUGACCACUCCUGGAAUGACAAGUGCAUUUAUGACAAGAAAAUUUGGUAGCACAACAUUGAAAAUAAAUCGCUUUUUUCUUCAUAAUAUUAAUUUCUAUUUAGAAACUGUUGAUUUAUCAACAUUUCGAUUGAAUAUUGAUAAAAAACAAACAUUUGUCUAUCAUCGAAAUUUGACAUCACCAUUGAAUGAAGCAGAAUUAGAAUACAGCGAAAGUAUUCGAGAUGCUCGUUAUGACGAGGAACGUAUUGCUUAUGAAAGAGAAUAUUUGAAAAAAAUCGAUCAUAGAGAUUUGUAUGAAUCCUCACCAAUAAAAAAACGUACAACGCGUAAUGUUAUUAAAAUGCGCCAAGAAGAACUUCUGAAAAAAGUUCCACAUAAUGUUGAAGUGGCGAUUAAUCGUCUAACAACUCGAGCAUUAUAUGAUUCGGACAAAGAAGAUAAAACUGAUCUAUCUGAUGAUCAAUAUUCGCCAAAUGCAGUUAUACCAUUGGGUGAUAGUGAAAUGAGUGGUGGAGGUGAUGAUGAUAGUGUAUCGACUGAUGAAGAUCUUGUUGUAACAACAACACGAACAACAGGCAUCAUGACACGUACGGGACAACAAAGACGUGUACAGAGACAUCGAAAUUUAUCACCCGAUGAAGAUGAUGAUGAAGAUGAUGAAGAAGAUGAAGAUAAACGCGAACGUGAAAAUCGUCAAGUACAAGAAGCAAAAACACAACAUCGUCGACGAAAUAAAUUAAAACGAUUGAAAAAACGACGCGAACAAGUCAAGACCAAGAAAGAAGAAUUCGAAAAUAAACAUGAACUUGAAUUAAAUUAUUCAUCAGAUUUUAAACCACCCGACUGGUUGACGCGUAUCCUUGCAAAAUGUUCGCCAUAUAUACCACAAAUCGGUGAUACUGUUAUGUAUUUUAUACAAGGUCAUGAAUUGUAUAUAAAUGAAGUUAAAGAUAAAAAAAUGUAUGAAAUCGAUGAGAAGACUUUACCAUGGAAUAAAUGUGAAUCAAUCGAUGCCGUUGAAUGUGCUACAGUAAUUGGCGUGUCUAUAAGUUUUUCUGAUAAACAACCACCGCGUGUGAUUAAUGUUCGACUUCAAUUAUUAAAUCCUGAUACACUUGAAGCUACGUCAAAAAGAAUAAGUGUCAAAUUUCAUGAUAUUGAUGGUAUAGCUGAUUUUAUUAUUUUAAAACAAUAUUAUGAUCAAGCUGUACAACGAGAGUGGAAAGCUGGUGAUAAUUUUCGAUGUUUUAUUGAUGAUACUUGGUGGCCGGGAACAAUCGUAAAACGAGAAGCAUUCGAUCCUCGUCAUGAAACUAGUCCUUUUCAAUGUUAUAUUAUCCGAUGGGAUAAUGGUGAAAAUGAAGAACGACUGAGCCCAUGGGAUAUUUUCGAAUGUGAUGAUUCUCCUUCUGAAUCAAGCGAGUCAAAUCUAACUAAAAUGCCAUCAUAUCAGCCAGUAGCAGAUGAAUGGCCAUCACAUGGAAUCGAUGAGGAACGAGAACGUUUGUUAAAUGGAUUCGAUACACUCAUACAAAUGGAUAUAACUGUACAAUUUCGAGCACCAGUUCAACUCGCUUGGUAUCCAGUUGUUAUUGCUUAUCCCAUUGAUCUUGGUACUAUUCGAGAACGUAUAUCCAAUGGUUACUAUCGUCGAUCUAAUGCACUUAAAUGGGAUGUUAAGAAAAUAGAAGAAAAUGCAAAAAAUUUCAAUGAAAAAGGAAGUCAAAUAAUUGAACAAGUUAAACUAGUAACAAAAAUCUUACUUAAAUAUAUUGAUGAUCAUAAUUGUAAUGAUAUAAACAUCAUCUAUCAACGAGCAUUACACUCCGAACAAGUUUCAUUACCUAUGUCAACAUCAUGGACUGAAGAAUGGCUUGAUGAUUGUCAAACAAUACUUAAUGAUAUAUUAUCUCAGCCAGGAAGUGAUCUUUUACGUUAUCCAAUCGAUGAAAAUGAAUAUCCAGACUAUGAAAGAAUUAUAAAAACACCCAUUUGCUUUGAUGAUAUACAAACGAAACUUCAUCAAAAUCCUUGUGGAUAUAGACAUUCACGAGAAUUCAUCGCUGAUUGUCAUUUAAUAUUUCAAAAUGCUUUAACAUACGCAGAUCCAGAGAUGAUUAAUGUUGUCCGACAUUUGGGACCAUGGUUUGAUCAACGUGUAGCUAUAUUUGAUCGUCGACAACGCCGAACAAAUCCUCAAUAUACUAGCGAAAUGACAACUCGACGACGAGAUUUACAAAAUUCAUCAGCUGAUGAAAAUAAUGUAUAUACAACAACAGGCGAUCUUCUUCCAUCACUACCGAUCACAACAGCAGCAGCAGCAGCAGCAGCAGCGACAGCAACAACAACAACAACAACAACAACAACAACAGCAGUCGCAGUGACAACAAGCUCCAGUAGUCGACAAAAUCGGAGAACACAAUUCUCUCCAACAGCUCUAACAGCUGAUCGCCGUCAUUCGCAUUUCAAUCGUGCGUCUACAGUAAAUAAUCAUUCUGUAACAUCUCAACAACAGAAUUCUGAUGACGACGAUAUGGAUGAUGAUAAUGAAUCUGUUUCAACACGCAGUACUCAGCCUAUAUCAUUGACAUCAUUUAUCAAUCCAAUAGCUCAUGAUCAUAAUAUCGGUGUUGGUUUAUCAUUGCGUCAAACUCGACAACGUUUGCAUGCGAAUGAAAGUAAUAGUUCGUGGCCAACUCGAACACGAUAUAGUACAAGAUCAACAGCCUCCAAUAGACAUCACAAUGAUGAUUAUGACAAUCGUUCGCAACAGCCAAGUUCAUCGUCACGUAUUUUAUCAGCAUCCGAUGAUGAUGAUAAUGAUAAUAAUGAUAUAUCAUCGAAUAGUAAAAGAAAUCGCAUUGAACGUAGUGAUAGAAGAAUAACCUCAAUAAAUCGACCAAAUUAUAAAAUUGACAGUGAUGAUCAUGAAGAUGAUGAGGAUGAGGAAGAGAACGAUGAUGAUCAUCAGCAAAAACCGAAUAAAACAAAUGGAACGAAUAAUAAUCAAGAAGAUAUCGAACAAACAGAAAAAGAUAAUGAUAAAUCGAAAUUGAGAACUGACGAUGAAGAUUACGAGCCACCAGGAUCUCAUGGAGGAGAAGAAGAUGAAGACGAAGAUCCUAAUGAAUUACUAUCUACUCGCCAGAAAGAUGACGAUUCCGAUUCGGAUUUUCAAUUGAAUGAGCCCAGUCAACAUCGUCGCACAAAUACAAAUGGUAAUCGCGUACGUAAACUGCGUAGUACAACAAAUCGUCCAUCGCCGCCAUUACCAAAUCAAAACAAUAAACGAAAACGUUCAACUAUACGUACACGUUCGUCGUCAUCAGAAUCAGAUUCAUCUGAUUCGAAUGUAAAUACAACACAAAAAACUCGAACUCGUUCACGACGACGUGUAACAGUAAAUAGAAAAUCUUCAUUUGCAGAAGAUAUUUCAGACGAAGACCAAGAUGAAGAAGGCGAAAAUCGUCGACGACCACGAACAACUCAACCAACACGAGUAUCAAAACGUGGUCGUGUUCUUAAACAACGUUUACUCAGUGAAUAG